AUGGCUGAGGUAGAUUCUGGCCCGGUCGAACCCCAGGCCCGGCAUGUCGUCUACUGUGGAGUGUGCACUUUGCCCCCCGAGUACUGCGAGUUCGGCGGUACCGCGAAGAAAUGCGAGGAUUGGUUAAAGGAGAAACACUCGGAUCUGUGGGAGGGCCUGUACUCCGAAGAUGCCGUAACGGCCAACCUGUCCACCCUCUCCGUCUCUGCCCAGGAGCGCGCUGCGAAGGACGCUGCUAAGAAGGAGGCCAAGGCCGCUCAGAGUGAGGCCCGGGAUGCCGAGAAGAAAGCGGCCUCCAAGGUCCUGAUCAAGCGAGUCGAACGCAACAAGCGCAAAUACGUCACCGUUAUCAUCGGAUUGGAGGUUUUUGGACUCGAGAACAAGAAGAUUGCCAAGGAUCUGGGCAAGAAGUUUGCUACUGGAUCCUCGAUGACCCGAUCCCCGGCUGGCGCGGAGGAAAUCACCGUGCAAGGAGACGUCAGCGACGAUGUCCGCGAUUGGCUACUAGAGGUGCACGGAGACAAAGUGCCGGAAGCAAACAUCGAGUUGAUUGAGGACAAGAAGAAGAAGAAGGCUGAAGCCGCGGUUUAA